AUGUAUGAUUUUAAUUUAGUAAUUUAUUUGAUUUUUUUUGCUACUUUAUGGUCACUUCCAUUCUGCGAAGGAGCAACACACUGGAUCGUUACGGAAGAUGGGAGAAUACAACAGCAGGUAGAGCAAAUUUAACUUUUAAAUUAUUCACGCAAAACCCGUUUGUUUAUAGUUGACGAAAAAGCCCAAUUUGAUUUGGCCAAUAUUAAAUUUAUUUCCAGUCUACAAGAAAACUAAAUGUGGAAAGUUUUACAAUAAGCACUUACAAUAACCUAUUUUUUUUUUCUCAAGCCCUUUUAAUAGGUGGCUAUUUAUCGGUUCGCCAACACAAUUCAUUGAUCGUUUGCGAUAGUUUGAUUUUAUCCUUGAUUGCGAAAAGUCAGUUAUUCUAGAAUUUAUAAUUAGCACUGGCGGAAGUUUACAAACAAUACAUUAAGUGAAGUAGACCCUACGAUUGAAUUUCUACCACACAAGAAAAGUCUACACAAUUACGAGUCUAAAGUAAUAAUUUGGCUUGGUUCCAUAUUGUCGGAGAAAUCUCAGACCGUCAGGAAUAUCGCCGUUUCCUGAACAUUCCUGUCAUUCCCAAUGCUAGUCAGAACUGAGCAACAGUAAAAUCUGAGAUGCCGUGGUACACAAAGAUGUGACAAUACUCUGUUGCUGUUAUAAAGAAAACUAGCUUUUGAUGCUGAGUUUGUGCAGAACUCAAUCUGAGGACUAAUAUAGCUGUUGUGGGCAAAAUCUGUUCUCAGGUUUAUCUAGUAUUCAACCUAUUAGGGUUAGCUUUUAGCCUGCUAACCUACAUUUUACUGGUUUAAUCACCUGAGAACAGAUUUUGAAAAAUGGAAAUUUGUGUCAGUAGCCACGAAGCUGUUAGACCUAGAGUGUACACGUAUAAGUGGUAAUUAAGUCCAUAAGUAAUAACAGUUAUUUAACAAUAAUUGUUAAAUAACUGUUAUUACUUAUGGACUUAAUUACUUAAUGAAUGAGGCUGAGUAUCUUAUGAAGAAUUAUGGAGAUCAAGGAGGGUGUUAUCCGUCGAGGCCGUAGGCGGAGGCAGAUAACACCCUCCAAGAUCUCCAUAAUUCUUCAUAUGAUACGAAAGCCGAAUUCAAUAAUUGUUUUAUUAUUCAUUCAAAAUAAUUCAUAGUGUAAAAACAUAGCUAAAACAAGCUUACCUGCAUCGAUGUUAAGUUUAUCUUCGAUAGUUGGUUUGUCCAACUCUGCAAAUAUUUUCCAAAAUAGCAGAUGUCGCCCUCCGAGUUGUCUUCUUGCUGUUUUUGCUAUGUUUUUAGCCAUUAUUUCGCCUAGUUCCAGCUGUACUUCUUACUCUUGAAACGAGUGAAGUGUCUGUGAUUUUAGUUUUUACAACAAAAAUAACUCAAUCUCAUCCCCAGAUCUUCUCGGUUAACGGUGCAUUAACCUGUAGAGGGCUGCAUUUUUGACGUCAUUUCCUCAUUAAACACAAAAUUCUUCCAAAUUUGGUCAUUAGUAACUGUAGCCUGUUCCAGGCGUUCAGAUAGUGGGGAGCGGUGCGAAGUAAAAAGGAGCGCGGAAAAAUAAAAGCGAGGGAGGAGGAGAGGUGAGAGAGGGAACGCCUGUUAGAUUUGUUUUAAAUAGACUCUUCCGCCCAGUCAGACCGCAUCAGCUGUAGGUGGUCUUCACUUGUCAGUCAAAACUGGUGUUACAGCCCGAUGCAUUUUAAUAUUAUUUUUCUUGCGAAUAAAUCGAAGUUUGUCAGAUCAAAAAUUAAUAUUAUGUAUACAUAAUCUUACUAAAAACCCAAUGUAAGACUUUCAGACAAUAGAAGGCGGGAGAAGUAUUCAUGUAUAAUGAAUUUAUUUACGGCUUUAAAACAUGAUUUCAGCGUGUACGUGACAAAAAAUUAUGAAUCAAGUGACAAACAAAUAUUGCUCAUUUCGAUAGAAAGCCGUUUCAAUACAGGUCGUUAACUCAAGCAAUGAAAAUGCACAACAAUUGAAGGGAAAAUUUACUAUUCGGUGAUUGAGUGGACCUCUUCAAUAGUGAUAGCUGCAAGUUGCUUUCCAAGCUCUCCUUUUUGAAGUCCUUUUGUCCAUUCAUUAGACAACCACGAUUUGGCACUUCAGUAAACAAUUUCACAGCUUCCACUUUUAACGGCUUCAUCCACAUCUUCUCCCAUCAUUGCCACCGCUACUCCAAUUUUGUUCAAAUAUUCCACUUGGUCUUCCAUGACCGGAUGAUGGUAAUCAACGGAGUUACCACAACAAUCGUAAAUAGCAUUCUAUCCUGCCUUCAUUCCAACGCACGCUUUAUUCGAGGAAAAAGCUGGAAAAUAAGAGUUUUUCCAAAGCCAGUCGGUGAGAAAUUGCUAAGACAUCUAUCCUAUCGACUACGUGUUUUAAACAGUUUCUUUGCUCUUCGCUUUUAGCCUCCACGUUUGGAAAGUCACUCAGCGCUGUGUUUGUUGCGAGUUUGUGACGGCACGUAGAGUCUGUCAUAACGGCCACAUCGCAUUUCUUGCUGUGAUCGAAGACGCUUCACUGUUGACAAAAACUGUCAAAAUGAACCAAUCAGAGGGUAUACCAGGAUCUGGUCUACCGGAAUGCACUUUUGUUAAAAAUUCUUACAAGCGUUCCCGCACCUCUCUCCCCAGUCCCCCUCUACUUUUCAUCACUUUCUUUACCCUGCACCGCUUUCCACUAUCUGAACGCUUGGAACAGGCUAUAGUAACUGGUUUUCGUGAAUUAUGCGUGUGCUUUUAGCCAAUCAGAAUUGGGGAAAUAUUUUGAAUGAAUAAUAGAGUGUAUUAGCUAAUAUAUCAACUAUCAGUAUCAGUCCCUUUGAAACUUGAAUUGCAGACAAUGAAAUACAUGUUAUAUUGUAGUAAACACUUUUUCUGUGAAAUUGACAGGUAAAAUAUUCUCUGGUGUUCCAAACAUAAAUUUUCAUGUAAUGAUGGAACUAUCUUUAAAUUUAAUAUACAAAUUUAAUUCACCAUCUUCUCAGGUACAGUUCAAUCAGUGGCUGGCAGAGGUCUCAUGUUUAAAUCUCAAAGAGUUUUCCAUUUUGUUUCUUUAAGUCAUGAUAAAGCUGGUCAUUAACAGCUUAAGGUAUCUGCACCGGCAAAUUUUCAACAUUUUAUUUUGCCCUCAAAAUCUUUCUUCAGUAAGUUCAGGUGAUGUAAUAUGUAUAUCUGGUUCCUUGAUUCAUUUGCAAACCACAGCCGCUGUAUGUCCAACUUAAUUCUUCUUCAUUCUGUUUAAGCUGUGAUGACUAAUAUUACUUGCUUCUAGUCAAAAUUCGUUAUGUUCUUGAAAUAUACUCCGUUUUCCAGGACUUAUUGUAUGAAAUUGAUAUUACAUCAGCGUGUCUUCUCACCUGAUGUAAUAAAGGUAGCAUUAUUUUAACAAUUUUGCAGGGAGAGUAAAACGUUUUCUUGGCCUUAAUCCUCUGGUUUGCUUUUCUGCUGAUUCCUUUCUCUUUACAGAAGCAAUUCAGUUUCAAUUUUGAAUAACACUCUUCUUCAAUCUUCAUACUUCGGCGUGCCUCAUUGAAUUAAAGCUGACACUGUGUAAUGCAUCUUCCGGAAGUGUGUCACACCUAGCAACCAGUUCCGUAUCAAAAUUGAAGGGGGCUAUAGACAGGUUAUUUGACAUUUUUUAGGCUUCCACGAGCAUUUUACACAUUGGUGAUUCCAAAUUUGGGGGCAAUAAGGUCUGUAAUUAGCGAGGAAAAACAGCUGAUUUGAGAAGAAAAUAAGCCUUUUUACACUGCAAAAGCGUUAAUUACCGUGUAACCGAUUUACCUUGACUUACGGGGACCAGUUUUUUGGAGGAACAGAAUGGAUUAUUAUUUGUUUGUGAAAUUUGGCAAAUACACAAAGAGCAUGUUACUGAAGAGAUCUGUGUUCGGCCAAAGAUUAGAAUUGCCGUACAGCUGUGUUAUUGAUGUCAAAAUGUAGAUCAAACUACAAAAUAGCACAUUGUGCCAUAGAAGGUGGAUUAAUUCAAGCUGUGUCAUGGUCGAACACAGGAUUAUUCUAUUAAAAUGUCCUUAUCUGUGUUACAUUUCUUUUUUAACGAUAACUCUAAGGAUUCUUUUGAAAUUUUGAUUUUUCUCUUUCUGUACCACCCUAGGGGGUAGUUAAAUUAACACCUUUUGGGAGACAUAGUAUAGUUUAUUUUGAUAUAUUUUAGUUCCUCAAGAACUGAGAAAUACUGUCCAUCGUGAUAUAUAUAGAUAUUGUCUAUAAAAUAACUUACUAUUAAAAAUGAUGCAAAAAUGUGCAAAAUUUGCCAGUGCAGAUGCCUUAAGGGCCUCAGUUUCCAUUUUAUAGUUUCAGGCCUUAACGAUGGAUAACAAUUUUUUGUAUGUUUGCCCUUUUUCUUUUUAGGCUGACUCCAUCUUUAAUCUCAAAAGUCCAUAUGACUUGGUCACCUUCAUUCAUCAGCAGAGUGCAUAUGACAGACUUAAAAUUUUACGAGAAGAAUAUCUCGAAGAAAAAAGGAAGGUUAUAGAAGCAAGAGAGAGGGAACGAGCUGAGAUCCAACAAACUUUCUACAAAGAGGAUCCAGAUUGUUUAGAUGCCGGGAAACACAUCUCAGAGUUUAAGUUGUAUUUGGACAUGACAAAUCCUUUUACCACGAAUGACAUUAAGUAAUAAUAAUUAAUUUGUGAUGUGUUAUAUUAAGGUUUUGUUUUCCCAUCUCUGACAUGCAACCCCUGGGAGAAGUCCAGCUCUUUACUAAUAGUCAUAGGACCUGGCAGCACUCCUUGUGAUCUGGGUUUUCUGGUCUUUCAUCAACUCCCUUCUCAGGGGCUGGAGGACUAGUAUAAACAGUUGAUACAUGACAGACUCAUUUAUUGAAUUUUUUUUUUUUUACUUUUCCUUCAGCCAAUUUUUAUUGAGAUGGAAUGUUAUUGUCUAGUAUUCAUGUAUCUGAUUAUAAUAAGUCAACUAAGCCUUUGGUUUUUAGUAAUCACCAGCAGAGAUUGAACUGAUCCAAAACUUACUAAUUUUCUCAACUGUUUAAUGUAUCUAUAGUACCAUCCAACCUUCCUUAGUUAAUAGAAUGCUCCUUCAUUCCUCUGAACAAAAUCUCUAACUCGUGGAUUGGGUUGACAAAAUGUCAAUCAAUAAUGACAAAUUAUCAAAUUUUCCACAUAUAAGAAGAGUUUGUUUGAUACUGGUUUCUAGAAUAAGAGGUUUUAACUGACUGUAGUUCGGUGUAAAAAUACACAGUGGUGGUACAUUGAGCAUUACAAAGAGCAAAGGGUUAGGUGCCCAAAAUGCUAGUAUAGCCAGAGUAAUGCAUACAGCUGUAACCAACCUAUGGGUGACAUCCACCUAGGCAUUAUUACAGAGUUAACCAGUCGAAGGGUAGGGAACAAAACACACUUACAGGUACAAGCACAAGCAAUAAGAGUACAAAAAGCCAAAAGCUGUAAAAACCGAAAUUGAAUGGCCCCUAAGUGUGCCCCUGUAAAUCACUUUUACUUGUGAAAGACAUCUAGUCAAAAUUAAUUGUCUCGAGUUGAAAUUAGCCUAAAGUAAAUUUGAUUCAGCCACAUUAUGCAUCUGCCAGGUGACAGUAUUUUAAAAUAUUAUUAAUAUGAUUUUUUUCAUUAUUUGUUUUUAUUUCCAGCAUUCCAGACCAUGUCAGCUUGUGUCAGCCAUUGCCUUCCCACUUUGAACCUCCCUAUUGCAGAAAUGAACUGCCAACUGUCAUAUACAGUUAUGACCAUCUUGAGGGUGUUAAUAGUAAACAUCAGUUAAAUGCCAGUGUUGAGCCAACACUGUUGGCAUCAUUGUCCUCGUACUUUAAGACUGCAGAAGAUCUAGGUGGUCAUGUCAGUGUGGCAAUGGAGCAGGUCUGUUAAAAUAUUAAAAUUAUGUUAAAUAUUAAUUAAAUAUUACUUUCUUAUGAUCAUUAGUUGUAAAAAUUUAUACUUCUUCAAGAUAAUUUUGUGGUAGUUAUAUCACAUCUACUCAUCUGUUUUCCUUUAUCACAAAACACCAAAACUGUACAUAUUAUACAUCUACAACAGCUACACUGUCCCUCUGCUAUGAAAGGCAUUUUUCAUGAAAAAACUCUUUUUACUGACAAGGUAUCUAAGAUUUACAAAGCAAAAAAGCUUUAACUGUCUCAUUUUUGUAGUCUUCAUCAACAAAUUGCCUAGUGUCUUCAAAGACAUAGUGAAAGGAAUUGUUUUUCCAUCUAAUUUGUUGAAACAACAAGGUCAGGAAAUGAGCAUUCACAGUUAUAUAAUUUGGCCUUUUUCCCUUUUUUUCUUGGCAAACCACAGUCUUCUUGUUUCAAACUCUCUUAAAUGACCAACUCUUUAAGCAGGGUGGAUUUCCACUGUACGUAGAUGCAAAAAAAUUAUGAGCAUAAAUAAGAUAGAGGCAGUGUGCCCUCUCAGUCUUUCUGCUGAAGAUUCAGGUUUUUAACUGUACUUUAAUGUAAACAAUGUACAACAAUAUUGAUUAUUUAAAUAUUGUCUAAUGGUUUGAUUUAACCACAAAAUUUAUUUUUAUGGUUUUUUUUUUCAUGCAGAAUUCCAGUUCCUGGGUUUUACUUAAUCUUGCAGCUUAUUAUUGGAGAAUCAAAGGCAAUGGUUUAGAGGCUAUAGAAUGCCUUCGUCAAGCUUUGUAUUUUUCCCCUAGGUAAUAAACUUCUGGUAGCAGUAGUGUAUCUAGAGGAUAUUACAUGGUCGCUUGGAGAUACAACAUUUCUCUUUGGAGUGUUGAAAAAUAUUUCGCAAGUGAGCUUGGCAAACAAGUGAGAUAUUUUUGAACACUCAAAGAGAAAUUUUGUGUUCUCCAGGCACCCAUGUAAUUUUACAUUAUUUUUAUCAUAUAAAGACCAAUAAAACCCUAUAAAACACUUUUACUCUUUGCAGCUAUAUAAAAUCUAAACUAAAUAUCAUUUAUUUUUAGGGAGCAUAAGGACCAGGCAUUAGUGAGCCUUGCAGCAGUGCUGUACCAUGCAAAUUACAGCCAUGAAUCACUAAUUUUGCUUCAUGCAGCCAUGGACACUGGCAAUGAGCUUUCAUUGUAUCAUUUUCUCCUUGGAAAUAUCUAUGCUGUGAGUUUCGUGACUGUAAAUAGUACUUGUCAGCCGCAUCCAGAAUAAGUACUGAUAACCCAGAUGGAUUAGUUUUAAACACUAAACUAGUUCCAUGGCUUUGAAAUACAAAGAAUGAUAUUAUUUCUGUUAUGGUGUUUUAUAGACACCAAGUCCUUGGUUACUCAUGUCAGAAAAUGCAGAGUGCAUAGAUUUUGCUUUAAGGUUUUGCUGAGCCAGUCAUGAUGCAUACAUAAACUGCUGCUAUAAGCCCCACCCCAGUUAUAAGCCCCCUAGUUAUAGGCUCAUAUACAAAUGUACCUGCAAACAAAGAACAGUGGCAGUUUACAGUAAUCAAUUUUGAAUGUCAAAUGCCAGAAAUUGAAAAUUCCAUUUAUGGGGUUCAGUAACCAACCUUAAGAAGCUAAUACUGUAAUAUUGGAAUGUGUAACUUUUUAAUUCUUGCAAGUAUCAUUUUGUUCUUUUUGCCACUUAAGUUCAUAAUUUUCUCUCUCAACAGUCACUAAAGAUGUAUGAAAUGGCAGAUCUGAGCUACAGAUUCAUGUUAGUGAUGUCACCAGACACAGAAUCUUUGUGUGAGCGGGUGAAAGCAGUGAGGUGUGAGCUGACGCUAAAGGAUCUUUUACAGCAGCAGCAUUUGUAAGUGUUUUCUUCACAUUCUUUUAAUGAAUAUGUGCCUACAAUGUACCAUGUUACAUAUAUGUACCAUAAAAUAAUGUCUCACAGGUUAUAUUAUGGUUGUCCCUCCUGUAAGCAACCACCCAAAAUGCAAAGAUUAAGACGUUGCUUACAGGGGAAGGUGGUCGCUUUGACGAUCAAUCUGCAUUCCAAUUUACAGUUGUCUGUUGAGCAACGUCGCUUUGAGUGGAAAGCAAGAGUGGCGGUCACUUUAAGUGUUUUAAAGCGGCUAUGUUACAAAGAUAUUGCUGUCUUUGGUCUAUUCUGUGCAAGCAUAAGUCAUAACUUAGUGUAUUUACCCAUACACACACAAAAAAAUGCUCAUGUAGAGUGUUGAAGAAGAUACAACAUAAAUUGCAUUAGCAAGCACUUAACGUGAUAUUUUUUGGUAAUUUGUUUAUUAUUUUUUCAGGCACACCAUUAAAACUUCAAAAAAUUUGCCAAGUUUAAAUCCAUAUCCAUCCUCACCUUUAAGUUUAAGUUUAAGUUUAAUAAUACUUUGUCAUGCUAAAUACAAGUAAAUAAAUUACAGAAAAUAUAAAAAGUGCAUGACUGGAGAAUAAUUGGGGGGAACUAAAUUCCCAUACAAAGAUUAUUCUCCAAUAUGAAACAUACUAAAAAUUAAGAAGUAAAAAUAAAAUGCGGCCCAAAACUAACCUAAUUAAAUUGCAAACUAUAAUUGAAACUAAAAAUUAAGAAGGAAAAUUUAAAUACAGCCCAAAACUAACCUAAAUGAAUUACAUGUAGUUGUCACUCACGAGUUACAUUUGAUUUAAAAUUGACACAAAUGAUCUAAUAGAUAGGAUAAUCUUGUACAUCUGCGCUAAGAAGAUAAACUUCAAAAAUAUAAACUUUUGUAGCAACACACAACAUGACACAGUCUCAAUACCUAAAUAAUAUAUAGUCUUAGUAAAUAACAAAACUGCACCAUUUUCUAUAGAAUUCAAUUGAUGCAAAGACUCGUUUUACCACAGCUUUUUAAAACAAUAGCAAAUAGUAUACAACUAUCCCCCGAAGGGGAGGUGAAUAGUGAUGGAUAUACAGCUAUUUCGAGAAAGGCUGUCAGAAAAAAAGUGCACGCGACAAUCCCGAAAGGUAACAUGGGAUAUGAUCAAUACACUGUUCCUGACAUUGUAGCUGUCGAACCUACUUUUGUUGCUUUCCUUUAACUCUCGCAAACAUACUCCAAUGGCCUCUCGUGCCAUUUGUUCAAAUUUCUUUGAAGAAAAGUGAACUCAAAACUACCCACAAUACCUUUCGGGAUUGUCACGUGCACUUUUCCGACAACCUUUCUCGAAAUAGCUGUAUACAGAGACACGAAGCGUCGAUGUAUAUAUCUAGUGCUGUUCACCGACCAUAGGGGGAUAGUUGUUUUGGCAUUUACCACAUCAGUUGGAUAAAAAUGAAAAAAGUACCUUUUCGUAAAUUAAAAACGCCACUUGGUAGGAACUUUGUUUCCAGUUUGCAAACAUUUAGGGGAUAUUCUUAACAUUUUUACGAUUUUGUUGCAAACUCAGCAUGAAAAUAAUUUUCCACGUACCAGUAAAUACCGACAAGCCAAAGGCUGUCGCUUUCGUGGUAUUUGUUUGUACGACUGCUUCAUUUAUCGCUCAAAUUUCGUCUUCCGAAAAUGUCUCAGCACGCGCGAGACGCCAUCUUGGCUCCGGUCGCAAAACAGUGAAUAGCCAAGGAUAUUCCGAGUUAUGGGAGCCAAUCAAACUGUGUGAAAAUUACUACUCACUGAUUUGAAAAAUUAUACUUGUUAUGUGACAUAGCCCCUUCAGUAGACACCUUGGUUCCCUUCAUAUAUACAUAAGACAAAAGACCAUGAUAACCUUCAGCCUUGCUUUCAGUUACGGCUAGGAUACUCACUAGGGGGCACCCCCAUCCUUUUAAGAUGGGAACUUCACUAGGUGCACAGAAGUGUAGAUGCCCCCUUGUAUUUUUCCUCCCAGUGCAUAAUAGUAUAAGCUCCCAUGGGGUUUGUCUUGACAGGAGUUAUCCUAAACAAUUGUCUAUCUCUGUUGCAGAAAUUUUAAUGAGUCGAUGGAUAGUCUUAAAACUCCUGAACUAGAUUUAACUACAAAAUCUAGCAGUGAGGAAGUGGAAAAGAAGCAAUUACUUCCUCUGGAGGUAUUCAAGAUGCAGCUUAAACAAAUGUUUGCACUUAUACAGGACAGUAGUAGAUACCAAGAUACGUGCAAGAGCAGAGCUUCUCCUCUGGAAAAGGUAACGAGGUUGAAUGAGUGUUCACACUAAACACGAAGGUGUACGAUGAACAUACCAACAGCGUGCGCUAGUUCCUUUAGCUGCUUUCUGUUGUAGGUUUAAAGUGAAUAUUUCUAACCUGAAAAGUUGUUUUUCUCACUAACCCUCCCCCCGCUGUACACACCAUAUUUUUCUUCUUGACUGUUCCCCUCCCCUUUGACGCCAUAUUACUUGGCAUUGCCCCCCUCCCCCCCCACCACCCACUGAAAUCCUACCCGCCCCCAAUACCUGAUAAAAAAUGAACGGCCCCUAAAAAGGCAGUUCUACUAUAGACACUGUGAUCAUAAAUCUUUAGUAGUACUUUCACUUAAUCUGACUCUGCGGAUCUUAAAAGUACCUUAAGGGACGUAACAGUCUAAAGGCAGUACCGACCCCGAUCCCGUUUGUAUUUAUGACAAGUUCUAUAGUAACAUCGGUUUCCUUCUCUCUUAGAAUUUACUCAUGCAAUCUGAUCCCAGUGGCCCAAAGGAAAAACAAACAAAUGAAGCUCUGAGUGGAGAAACUGAGACAUCUGCCAGCAGUCGGGAAGACUCUAAAUAUCAAGCGGCUGAAAACAAAAGCGCUACAAUUCAGAUUAAAACCCUGGAAAAAUCCACGCCUAUGACCCAAUCUAUCGAGCCCACUCCUUACCUGGAAGUGGACUACCAACAGACAUCUGGUGAUUCAAAGGACCAAGAAAACGGCAAGUCUGGUAUUGAGAGGCUCGAUAAAACAAGUGAAACGCUCAGUGAAGCGGCAAAUGCUCCGUCUGAUAAUUCUAACAUAUCUUCAGAAGAAGAAACGAUGCGUAACCUCCAAGAGGCUCGAUUGGCGCUUAAUCGAUUAAAUAGUAUCAUAAAAACGGUAAGCUGUUCUCGUCAAUCCGCAUCAAGCACAAUGGUUGUUGCCGACGAAAUUUCUUCACAAUCGGGUUCCAGCGUCGAUAGCGGAGAUGCCUCGAAAACGACCUCUACGCCUAUUAAAGCGACUUCUACUAAAAGCGCGCAAAUGAAAGCUGGAGACUCCCAGCGUGUUGGAAGAAGGGGAGAAAUCGGCGUUAUGAUGCCCAGCCGUGAUUCCGAUCGCAGAAAAGAUAAUGCUGAAAUAAUUUUCUUAGAGGAAACUAAGUUUUCCAAGCAAAAAGGAGAAUCUUUAUUGAUAAGCAAAAACGGCCCGGGUUUGAAAUGGAAUCAGAUGGCGUCCAAGAACACGCGGGAAGAUUCGAACGUUGAGUUACUGUUUGAAGAAGCUAAAGGGAGCCGUCACAUUGGACCUAAACACACCCCUCCCCUCCAGAGUCAAGACAUGUUGGUUUUGGCUCAGAAGUGUCAUAGUGUGGGGGCGAAAAGGCGGAAAGGAGAAGCCUCGGCAAUGGAGUGUUUGACUCAAGACACAGACGUGCAAACACAGAGUUCGACUACUCCGUUUGCUAUUCCGCAAACUAAUGCUGAAACGGAUUUUUCUAAGUCCACAACAAACUCGGAGCAAACAGGAAGCGAUGAUUCCGCUAAAGUUUCGUCAAACGAUAUGGCAAGCGAUCAGUCUUCUCUUAAAGAGAAAGUGCGAGAGAAUGGUGAAGAGAAUAAGGUUGACAGAAACGAAACCAUCGAUGGAAAAAGUGAGAAGGAUUCUGAUUUAAAUGUUGUUGGGAACAGCGAAAUGAAAGGUUCCAAGCAAAGCGAAUUAGCGGCCGAGGUCGGAGAGAGCGAGGGGGCUGAAAACUCUGAUUCAACGGUGGUCGAUAAGAGCGAGUUAAAGAUUUCUUCUGAUCAGGAUUCAGGCGAGGAAAAAACCUGGGAAGAAGAGGACCAAAAUUUAGAAGAAUCUGGUAGAGAUAAUGGAGAAAGCGAAGGAAAAAUUUCCUCUUCUGAUCGAAAUGCGGAUGAAAAAUCUAAUGUUAAUGGUGACAAGGAUUCAAAACAGAAUAAACAUGCAACUAUUGCAGCCGACGAAAGUCUUGAGAAAGGAGAAAAAUUAACGUCUUCUAAAUCACAGAUGGAGGAGGAAAGGACAGAUUAUAAAUCACGAAAGACGGUUCACAACGAUAAAGCGUCACAAACUAUCAAAGAGAGAGUCAGAGAAGCUGAAUUCCUUCACAAAGUCGGGGCAGGUUCAAAUGUGUUUGAAACAAACUUCAUGAAUGUGCGUACGAGCGGCGCACUGCAUGAAUUGAGCGAUGAGGAAUGUAAACACAUCGAGGGAGUACAUGCACUUAUUAUGAGGAACAAACACUUCAGUGCGUGGCUGUCAUUGGACACAAAGAAUAUCGAGUAAGUAGACCUACUAAGAAAAGCGCAUGCGUAACUCUUUUACUUUGCUAUCGAUAAUUUUUGCUCAGCUAUCAAGUAAGGGAGACAUUGUUUAGAAAUGAUAUCAAUCAAACCUUCUUAAAGCUCAGUAUGCACUCGUGCUACAAGCUCAAAUUCUUACAAAGUCUCCUUUUGGUGACCUAAUUAAACUGACUAUAGCAUGUUCGCCAGAAAAAAAGAGCACCGGCAUUGUGCAAUAUUACGUGAGGGUUGAAAUUACAACGGAGCUCAAGCAACGACGAUGGUGACGGCAACGAGAACGGCCAAAAAGCAAUAUGUUUAGAUUAGCAAAACAACAACUUUGCACGGGUAUCACGCGUUUUUGUACAUUUAAUUUCUUAGCUGUCUUUACACGACUACGAAGUGAAAGUGCCUAAUUUCACGUUUUAUCGAGGACGGGCGAACACAAGACAACAACUUUCUUUUUCUUUUCUUGAUUUUUGAUAGAGUCCUUUAGAAUUCAACUCCAAAAAAAUUUGCCAACAUUUGACGAAUUAAACGAGAUGGAACAAGCGCAAUAAAGUUUGAGGCAGCGCGAAUUCCCUUUGUUAGUGAUGUUUUCUUAGCCGUCGCCGUCGUUGGUGCUUAAGCUCCCUAAUAAAAUUGCUGAGCGCACCUAGGUGACAUCUCAAGGCUUAAUACACGGACAUGCAAGGAAAAAGUCUCAAACUCUGCUUUUUGCCUGACUCAUUUAAUUUGAAUGUGUUGUAGUUACGAUCAGCAAGUGUGGCAUAAAUAAGAAGGGGAAAGUUCGCUUUAGACAGCAAAUUUUUGCAGUGUGUGAUAUAUAUCACACGCUGCAACAAUUUGCCGUCUAAAAUCAGACAUCUUUAACGUGCUGAAGAUAAUAACGCGUGGAACACUUGAAUUAACGAUUUAAUAAUUUGGUCUAGUUAAACGUUUUUUCCCUGUUGUGUUGCGUUAGUGGGGAAGUAAAACAUCAAUUUUACCUUAGUUUUAAAGUUUGGCUGGUAUUCUGAAUUUUCUUUUUUUGCACAUCCCUAGUGUGGGGAGAUGGUUGGUUUCUGAUCAAAUUAUUCUUUAUCGCAUUUUCCCUCUUCUUUUGUUAGCGUACGGACACAUAUGGACUUCGUAAGUGACGUACACGACUUUGCCAAGGAGCCCCGCUGUACUGCAAAGAUAAGAAACAACUUUCACACUUUUGCUAGCCUCCAGGUAUGCAAUACUAAAUGAUUCCCCUCCACUCCCCAACCCCUUUUCUCUUUAAGCUAUACAUACCCCCCCUUCUACUCUGGUAAGUUUAAUAUCAAAGCGUUUUUGGGUAAAAUGGCUUUAUUUACUAAAGAUAUAUUAUACAGCUUUCUGUGCAGUUUGUGUUUUCGUAGUUGCUUGGUUAAUGUAUUGAGUUCUUAAUAAGUGUUCUUUACUCCUUUACAGGGAGUAGCAAAUGCCGGUAAACUUGAGCAAGUGGCUGAAGCUGGUCUCACGCAGGUUUAAAGGCUUGUUUCGUCCUAAAUUUAAAUAAAAAGUCCCUUUUGCUUGCUUCUUAGUAUUAGUUUAGUAGUACCUGCCUAUCUGCCUACCUACCUACCAUGCAAAUACCUGCUCCCAUAGAUUCCCUAUUGACCCUUUUCCUUGUUCGCCCCGUCUCCAUAUUACCUCUUAUACAUAUUUACAGAGCUCGCAAAGUCGUUAAAAUUUGAAUUACAGAGGAAACCCUUUAAAUGAUGUCCUUGAGUUCAAAAAAGCCUUAUGAAGGUCUUUUAAAGGUCCCUGAAUUUCCACAAACCUUAAUACAGCAAAUUAAAGCUGAAAUGUUACAGUGCGACUACUAUAACCGGGGCCACCUAGAUAAAGUCGACAAAUGGGAUUACAGGAAAACAACAAUAUAUUCCUGGAAAGUUAGUCUUCAAUCAUAAUUACUACAACUGGCGAAAUUAACAACAUGGAUCGAAAUCAACCAAUUCAAACCUAACAGAUGUCGCCUUUUGAACUUGCUGAAGAAAGCACGUGUUUCGCGAGAGGUCCGUUAAGGUUGAUUUCCACUGACGCGUUUAUGGCUACGUACGUUAACGCACGUAAAUUUUAAUGACGUAAGUAAAGUAGACGCAAGAUAAAAAGUGCUCAGUUUAAACGAGAAGUUGGGCGAGGUUCAACUUUUACGCUUACGAGCUGUUUUAUUUGCGAACGAAAAUUUUACGCACGUACGUACGUAAAAAUUACGCGACAUUGGAAAUCAACCCUUAGAGUGAGUGACGGAGGCGAAAACAUUAACGAUAGUUACAUUUUUGGCUUGCGGUCGCAGGUUAUUGCAAAGGGUGGCAAUAGUAGCGAAGAAAUUGCCUUUAGAUGACAAAAUAGGAGCUUGUGUCAAAGAAAUAUGUCUCCUGGGUGUUGUAUGCAAAGUUUUGAAUAGAAAAACAUUGUCCGUUGAAACAUUUUGCUUUCCUGAAAAACGUUUGCUAUCAAUAUUAAAUUUUGUGCUUUGAAUAACUUAUUGUUUUUUUACGAGCUGCUGUAUGUAUUGUUAUUUUCCUGCAAUCCGAUCGGUCAACUUUGUCUAAGUGGCACCGGUUACAGUAGUCGCACUGUAAGUAUUGAUUAUUCUUGUUUUUUUCCCUUAAUAAAUGUUUGUCGUUUAGCUUUCCGCUAAAGGUAGCACUAAAGGCAGGCAGCUGUAUGUAUCUUAAUAGUUUACUUACCCUUCUGCAUACAGUUGUCAUUUUGCAGCUAUUCCCUAUAGUGUCGUUGGCAAGCCCGUUUUGCAUAAAUUAUGCCUGGAAUCUGUGCUUUUGUUAGUAAUGAUUUUAUAAUUGUUUUCCAAGAAAAGAGACAUUAAAAACAAACCUGGUCCUUGAAGGAAAAACCUUUUCAACUCAAUUUCCGGUGCGGACUCCGAAUAAGCCGCAGUCUACUUGUGUGCAAGUGUGUAUGAGUAAUUGUUUUUGUUUGUUUGUUUUUUUUCUCUAGACUCUUCUUACUGUUGGUAGAACAUUAAAAGACAGUAUUGAUGAAAUGGGAACGAGAAUCUUUAACGCUUUGCAAAAGGUAACUUUUUUUGUGUUUCGCCUUUUUUCGUGAUCAGCUUUCGGUCUUUUAUAAUGCACGCGUCCUCUCAUUUUCUUUUUUGGUGUAAUGUCUCCCCAGAAUGGUAAAAUCCUAAUAGAAACAGUGAAGUGAUGAAGAUAUGCCUAUCACGCAUGCGCGUUAGAGAAAAUGGCGUGAGGUGGUGAAUUGAUUACCAAUGUGUUAAAAUUUUAAAAAAAUUAACCCGGAUUUUUUCCUUUCUGUCGCCUUUACGAUGAUCUCAAUAACCUUAAAGGUAAUUUUCAGAAAACUGUAUUUUGCUUGAAAAAAUUCAUCCCACAUGUAAGAGACUGCGCGCAAAGAUAUAUUUAUGAGAGCGACGGAUGGAGUUCGAUUUCACUGCUCGUUCCUUGUCUAGGGGUAGAUCGCCCUAUGAUCGCUUAGUGAGGGGAUCGUUUACGCUGGACAUGAUCGGCACAUCCUUAGGAUGGACCCUUCCGGACCAUGAAGUUAAACUGGUCAGGUGGCCGGUUCUUUAGCAAUUUCCGGCCCAAUUUUUGGAACCAUUUCUGCGCUCUAACGCGAGAGCGCGCCUCCUGUAAAAGUGGAAUGACGUUAAAAACAGCAAAUCAUUGUCCCCUUUUGUAAGGCAAAGCUAAAAACUUUGUAAACUACCUAGUUCAAUUUUAAAACUAUUUUAAAAUUAGUUUUGUAUCUCUUUUCUUAGUUUUUAAUUUGUUUAGGUAGGUUAUUAGCCUUUAUUUCUUUAUUUUGUCAUUUUGUCAUUUAUUAUUUGCCGAGUCCCACUGAAAACUGCUUAAGCGAGUGGGCUCCCUGGAUAAAUAUUAUUAUUAUUAUGAAUGAGAUAAAAUAAGAUUGGGAUGAAGAAUGGAAGAAAAAUUAGAUAAAAUCUUCGGGUCAUUUAUUGAGCUACAAUUUUAUAGACUGAAUACAUAACAAAAGGCGGUAGGAAACCAAAAAUUCUGUAAAAUAGUUUAAUGUAAUAAGUUUUUAAGUGCUGUGCUGCUUAAAAAAGUUUCCAAGCCUUCAAAAUGUCAAUCGGCCCAUACUCACACAUUGACUAUCUCUCUCUCUCUCUCUCCUUUUGUUAAUUCAUUUGUUGGUAUUACAAUAAUAAACCCCACCCCCCGCCACAUACACCCCGGCCCCCCCCCCCCCCUCCCCCACACACAAAUUGACCUUACUAACAAGAUUGAAAUUGGGUGCAGUUAAAAUUCUGCUUUAGUACAUCUUCACGGUUUGUUACUAUUUGUUGUUUUGAGGCAAAAUAAGCUUAUUACUUACUGAAAAUGGUGAAAAUUUAAUAAGCGACCCACUCGCAAGGUCCAAACAUUUAGUAAGUAGGGCGCUCAAUCGAAUAAAUUAAUACGGUGUCUUAAGUGAGGUACUUUUCUCUCUCUACUUUUUUAAAUCUUUCUUUCUUUGAACAGAAUUCAACAUCUUGGGUAUUAUUAAAUAUCGCUUCAUUGUACUGGCGAGUCCAGGGAGAUACAGCUGAAGCUAUCAAGUGCUUACGGCAGGCGCUGUCCUUCUCUCCGCCCAAUGCAAGGGUAUGUGUUGCAUUAAGUAAAUUGAAACCCAAACGUGUAGAUGAGGAUUUUACUGUGGUUCUGUAUAGAUCAGUAUUAUUGACAACAAUAUUUCUCAAGAAAACUAAUAACUGCAAGUCUGAAUAUCGCCGGACUAAAGGCUUUAUUUUCAUUAAAGAUGUCUAUAAUGGCUAGAUGUUUCUUCUGUCAUAUUUUCAGAAAUCGAAAGCAUUUGGAUUUGUUGUUGCUGAAAGGGUUUUUUCUCUAUCUUGCAAAGGGCAAGUCGUAUAAUAAGAAUAAAAAAUGGUUUCUAAAUUAUCCAAAAUGAUUUCGAAAUUACUUUGGUCUUAGUACUCGUCAAAAACGGAAAAAAUUCUAUCACCGCUUUUUCGACCGAACAUGAGUAAAAGGAAAACCAAUCUUGACUUGUUUGUAAGCUUUUGCCGCGUUUUACUCCAGUUGCAUGUAUUUGCUUUGUUCACUGGAUUGCCUGUAUAUGUUGUAAUUUUAUCAGAACGUACAUUUAUUUACACACUCAUCACGUGAGUACCACGUUGGCAUCAUCCUCACACUGUUAUUUACUUCGUGUGAUACUUGCUAGGAUGUCGCUCAUGUGGGGCUGGCCAGCAUACUCCUUCGAGAAGGGCAUCUUGAUGAUACUGUUAUUGUAAUUAAAAAGGCCUUAGAGGUAAGAGAAGUUUGUUUUGGCCUUUGGUAAAGCGAUUUUAUUUUACACUUAAAUAAAUAUGCAAGUCUAGAACUUGUUUUCCUGUCAUGUUCUCUCACUUGUAUUUUUAUGUUGUAUUAUUUUUUUGUUUUUUGCCAGGUUUCUCCUAGUCUUGCCCUUGGUCACUUCAUUCUUGGUAAUGUUUUUGGAGCCCAGGUGAGCUAACAACAACAGCAAUCUUUAUUUUUCUGAAAUCUGCUUAUUUACACAAGUGCACGGACCCGCUAGGAGCCGGUGCUAAUCUUGUUCGCCAGUCAGUUAACGUGUAAAGAAUACGCUUAUGUUUAAGUCUUAUUGUGGAGUUUUUCCACUAUAAAACAGAACUGUCCGAACUGUUUCUUUUCCGUGAAAGCUCUUGAACAAAGUUUGUUUCAUUUUAAAGAUGAUCGGUCCGGCGACCAGUUUUGACUUUAAAGGACUUUGUCACGAGGACAUCGCUGUUUUAGGUCAAUUCUGUUUUGAAGUGAUGACUUAGUACCUUUACCCAAACACUGAAAGUCAUAGUAUUAAAACUUGGAAAAAUGGGGCCAAUUUGGCCUAGUUGAAUCCAUGUCCAUCCUUGCCAACCGUAGGAGUAAAUGACAUAUUAACAUAUUUAAAGCCUGAAUAUAGUCUUCAAUAACAAACUGGGCCAUAUUUUUUGCAAUUCAAUUGAUGCGAAGACAGUUUUACCCUCUUCAUAAGAUAGCAAGCAGCGUGGUAGAGCGCCUUUAAGUAAGAACUUACUAUUGUGUUUGAAAGAGAGGCUUUAUAAAGCAACUUGGAAAUGGCCUUUUGAUAGACGUUUUGCGAUUUUUCGGCUUUGUAGAUAGGUAAUUGUUCCGGGACUUCCUAGGAAAAAUCUCUGUUAAUUAAUUUUUUGAAAGAGGGAAAAUCAAUUGCUUAUCGAACUGGUUCAGAAAGAUUAUGUACCCAGGAGCGAUAAACUUUGCCUACAAACGAUCCUGCCUGUCAAUCUCCUGGAAUUCGGAUACUCUAACUACUUAGCAUACUGCCAGGAAAAUAAUGCAAAAUAAAUUAGUGAUUAAGAUUAUCAUGGUAAUGACUAUAAUAGCAUAUUUCUAUUUUCUCUUUUUUGCAGAGUAACAUUCCAGAGGCAAUACAGCAUUACUUGCUCGCCCUUCAGCUUGAACCUGGUUUUACCCCUGCCGUAGAACGGCUAAAAAUUAUUCAGUGUGUUUUGUGGAAGCAACAGAAGGCUUUAGAAAAGGAAGCUAGCGACCUCAGAAAGCUGUUAACUCCUAAUUAACUAGCUUAGCUACGUAACGGGUCUAUGCGAAAUGUGGGGUGCGAGGUGAAGAGGGAGAUCUCUCUGCCCUCGUGCGCGUCCUCCUUCCACGGGGACACCAGUCUUUUUCUCUUCCCCCUUCCUUAUAUUUUUCAUCCGUCCAUUAUGCUACCAAUGAAACUAAGAGCAGCUGUUACUCUUGUCUGUUGCAUUCCCAGAGUCACGCAUUACCUCUUGCAUGGCUUUUAAACUAUGGUAUAUAUCUAACCAAUUUUUUGAAAACGGACCUAGCGAAAUUUACAGCCAUUUGAGUGAAAAAGGACCAAAAGGCAGGUUUUUGCACCGGAAAGACUCGAAAAUCACACUAGCAGAGGAGAAGGAAAGGAAAAAAGAAAUAGAAGGAGCGAGGACGGAGAAAAAAGGGAAAUAGAAAAAAAGCAAUGGUUACACUCUCAGUUUUUAUAUUGGCUUAAAAAAACCGCUUGACGAAAAAAGUGUAUUUGGCGGUAACGUUUUCAAAAAUUCGAUAUAUAUACAGCAGAUUAAUUCGAGAAAGGUUGUCAUUGGAAAGCUUAAAACCGUGCGCGAUAUUGGUAGAGGCCGGUUUACCGCGGCUUGACGAAAGUUUAAUUUCAGCGCAGGGGAAUAAUUAAACAACAAAGAUCCAAGGUCUUUUCUUCCUUCAGAGGUAAAAGCCGUGGGCCGGGUUGUUCAAAGGUAGGUUAAGGUAACCCAGGGU